UAGAGCCCUUUACUUUGCUAUCAACUAGGGUUUUAAGGUUAGGGUUUUCACCUCUUCCCCCCUCUCUCUCUUCCGAUUCCGGAAGCCAUGGAUAGGUACCAGAAGGUUGAGAAGCCAAAACCCGAAUCGCCGAUAAACGAGAACGAGAUCCGAAUCACCACCCAAGGCGCUAUCAGAAACUACAUCAGCUAUGCCACCUCUCUUCUCCAGGAAAAACAUGUAAGAGAGAUUGUCUUGAAGGCAAUGGGACAGGCAAUCAGCAAGACAGUUGCCAUUGCCGAGAUUUUAAAGAAGAGGAUUCCCCGGCUGCAUCAAGAUACUGCAAUCAGCUCAGUAAGCAUAACGGAUGUGUGGGAACCCAUUGAAGAGGGUCUUGUACCCGUGGAGAUGACUCGCCAUGUCUCUAUGAUCUCAAUCACCUUAUCAACUAGAGAGUUAGACAAAAACUCUCCAGGGUACCAAGCUCCGUAUAAUGUGGAGCAAUCAAAGCCGCAAUUCAAUUAUCAGCAACAACAGCCAAAACCAUUACGUGGUCCAUAUAAUGCUGUAAAUGAAGACUCAUAUGGUCGAGGCCGGGGUCGAGGAAGAGGGAGAGGAAGAGGAUGGGGAAGGGGUGGAUAUGGCUAUCAAGGUGGAAAUUAUCAAGGUAGUUAUGGAAAUUAUCAAGGCGGGUAUGGGUAUUACCAGGGUGGAUAUGGAAAUUACCAAGAUAAUGGUGGAUAUUCAAAUCGGGGCCGUGGUGGUGGGAGAGGAAGAGGUUGGGGUUAUCGUGGUACUGGUUAUGAAAGAGGUACUGGUUAUGAAAGAGGAAGAGGUGGAGGCAGGGGUUAUAGCCGUGGUCGAGGACGAAUGGGAGGACGUUCUUCAAGGGGUGGUGGCAACCAGGCAUGAUGUUAGUUGAUUUUCUUUCCGUUCCUUCUAAAUGCUUGCCCGGUGCGUGAAUUGUUAUCAGAAUACCAUGUUGAUAGUGUGAUUUGGCUCAUGAUCCUGCAUUAUUAAGCAGUAGUUUAUGUUGUCUAGUGAUUAAGUUGAUAUGGGCAAGGUUUUGCGCAUCUCUUUUUUAGCUGGAAAGCGUCUAGUUCUGAUGUUUGCUGCAAUUCAUUUCAACUAAAUGGUUUCCUACACCAUAUUUGUAUUUAUCUUCAGUUUCUAUAUAUGAUCCUUUCCUGAA